AUGGAGUUGACCAAAGCUAUAAGAAUUUGGACAUUUCACGGAGAACCUUGGGAAGCAACUACUAAUGCUAGUAGAAAUGUUGAAGAAGAUGAUGACCAUAGUAGGUACAGUUUUGUGUCUGAAGAAAUAGAGAUGGAUGAUAAUGAUUUUGGUGAUUUUGGAUCUGAUCCUUAUGAGUUUUGCCAAUGUGAUUGGGGAUGGAGAUCAACCAUUGCAAAAUAUGGGAUGAGUGAUGUCUGUUUUACAGAAUUAUUUAUACUUCAAGGCGAUUUGCUUCCAGAAGGAAAUACAAUACCGGCCUCUAUGUAUGAGGCAAAAAAGACUUUGUGUGCAUUGGGGCUGAGUUAUGAGAAAAUGCACGCAUGCCCCAAUGAUUGCAUCUUGUAUAGGAAGGAGUAUGAGGAUUUAACUCAUUGUCCUAAUUGUGGUAUCUCAAGGUGGAAAGAAGGCAAAGAUUCAAUCUUGAAAGAGGGUGUGCCAGCGAAGGUGGUGUGGUAUUUUUCCUCCAAUUCCAAGGUUUAA